AUGGCGAACGACCAGCCAGACCUCAGCGACGUUGCUGUGGAGGCCGCGAAGGAUUUCUUCAACCAGGUCUUUGGUGUUCUCAUCGCAGCUGUCCAGCGUUUCUGCCGCAAUCUUUACCACUCCUUCGCCGAUGUUGGCAGACGCCGCUGGACCAAGGUCAUCGGCAGUGUGAUCGUCUACCUCAUCCUGCGCCCCUAUAUAGAGAAACUGUUCAAGUGGCUGCAAGAGCGCGAUCGCCGUUUGCAAAAGGAGAAGGAGGAGAAGCGGAAGGCUGCGCUCGGUGGAAAGAAAGCCAAGGUGUCUGCCAAUUCCCUGCGCGGUGGUGAAAGUGGCAAGGUCCUUGGCGAGGUCGAGAACACCGAAGACGAACUCGAGGAGGAUGAUGAAUUUACUGCCGAGGCUAGUGGUGUUCCUGAGUGGAGCAAGAUGGCCCGUAAGCGCCAGAAGCGCUAUAUGAAGAACUUGGAGAAGAAGGAGGGAGGCCGCGCUGAGAAGCUCUCUGAGGAUCAGAUUAAAGAGUUGCUGGACUGGAGUGAUGAUGAGGAUGACAAGAAGAAUGCUUAG